AUGUCGCUCUUCAGAAUUGGAGGUGCCGCUGGCCUCCGAGCGACCCGUCUGGUCGCUCCCGUCAAUGCCCGCUUUGCCUCCAACGUCGUGAAGGGGUCUCCUACCGUCAAGACCAACCCGUCCGAGGCUCCUACCUCGACCUACUCUAGCAGCUCCUUGAUCCGCAAGGAAGGCCCUGCCGAGGCAAUGACCCGUCACCAGCCCGAUUAUGAUGCCACCAUUGAUCACGGCACCUCAAAUUUCUCCCCGGUUCCCAAGCGUGUGAUGGACGGCAGCGAGCCUGGUGACUCUCUUCCCGCCGCCGUUCUCUCUGGCGCCCCUACCGACCUCCAGGCCCGCACUGUCCGCAUCUACCGCCCCACGAAGGCCGCUACCCAAUCUGGCCACUGGCACGGACAUCACUGGCGCAUGGACUGGGACAUCCUGCAGAAGGGUCACCGUUGGGAGAACCCGCUGAUGGGUUGGCAAUCGUCUGCCGAUAGCAUGCAGGGCACCAACCUGAAGUUCAAGUCGAAGGAGGACGCCAUUGCCUUUGCACAGAAGCAGGGCUACGAGUACUUUGUCCAGGAGCCUAAUGUGCGCCGGGUCGUCCCCAAGGCUUAUGCCAACAACUUCAUGCACGAGCCUAGAAAGCUCAAGCACAUCAAGACCAAAUGA